AUGUCCAUCAACAUUUGUAGAGAUAACCAUGAUCCAUUCUACCGUUAUAAGAUGCCUCCAAUUCAAGCCAAAGUGGAAGGUAGAGGUAACGGUAUCAAGACUGCCCUUUUGAAUGUUGCAGAUGUAGCUCGUGCUUUAAAUAGACCAACUCCAUACUUAGUCAAAUAUUUCGGUUUCGAAUUAGGUGCUCAAACCUCCAUCUCUGUUGAUAAAGAUCGUUAUUUAGUUAACGGUGUUCAUGAACCUGCCAAAUUACAAGAUGUCCUUGAUGGGUUCAUUAAUAGAUUUGUUCUUUGUGGUAGUUGUAAGAAUCCAGAAACUGAAAUUAUCAUCACUAAAGAUAGUGACUUAGUGAGAGAUUGUAAAGCAUGUGGUAAGAGAACUCCAAUGGAUUUAAGACAUAAAUUAUCUUCAUUCAUCUUGAAGAAUCCACCAGAAUCAAUGAACCAAGGUAAUAAAAAGAAAGCUGCCACUGCAUCUGCAAACGUUCGUGGUGGUGGUGUUUCCAUUAGUGAUAUCGCUCAGGGGAAAUCAGGUGAUGCAUCCGCAUCUACUGAUACAGGUGAUCAUGAAGAUGAAGAUGAGUUAGCUCGUCAAAUUCAUGCUGCUGCUAAGACGUUACAAGAUAUCGAGGUAAAAGAUGAUGACUGGGCUGUUGAUAUGUCUGAAGAAGCUAUUAGGAAGCGUGCUAAGGAAUUACAAGUUAAUUCUGGUGUCAUCGAUGCCAGUUUAUCUAAAUUAGAUGAAUAUGGUGAAUGGAUCCUAAAAGAUGAAGAAUUACCAUCAGAUGUGGAGUUGUAUAAGAAGGCUGUAGAACUGAAUAUUUUGAAUGAUCCAAAGAUUGGUGCCGUCCUUGCACAAUCUUUAUUUGACGAAGGUAUAGUGGAUGAAAUUGCUCAACAUGCGGCUUUCUUCACUAAAGUUUUCGUUGAACCUGAAUUUGAAAAGAAUUUCCUUGGUGGUAUUGAAAGAUUCUUAGGUUUGGAACAUAAAGAUUUGAUUCCACAAUUACCUAAAAUUUUAGUUCAAUUGUAUAAUAAUGAUAUCAUUUCUGAAGAGGAAAUUAUGAGAUUCGGUACAAAGACUUCAAAAAAAUUUGUUCCAAAAGAAGUCUCCAAAAAGGUUCGUAGAGCAGCAAAGCCAUUCAUUGUUUGGUUACAAAAUGCUGAAAGUGAAGAUGAAGAAUCUGAUGAAGAAUAG